UGUGUUCAGUGCGCUCCACUUCUGCUCAGUCAUCCAGUUUGUUUUUGUUUUGGGAAGAUCAUUUGGUAAUGUGUUCAGUUUGGUUUGGGUCAGUGGAGAUGACCAUGAAUGGAUGAGGGCCGUUCCUCUUUUUCCAUCUCUGUUUUAUCCAAUAUGAUGACUAUUAACCAGAAUGGGAAACUCAGAGGGAUUUUUUAGCUUGUGAGCUUGAACUUGACUUUAGAAGUCCACAGAAGAAGAGCGCAGGGAAAUAGGAACAUAGAAAAGUGACAGGGGAGGUCUGGUAAUGGGGAACAAACCAUCUCUGAACGAUAAAAUGAAGAAGCGGGUGAUACACUGGCGCUUCCAUCGUAAGGUGAGGGCAAUGAGCCAGCAGCUGGAGGGAGAUGAGGAUUUGGAUGUAGAGGAUAAACCGUUCAAGGAGUCCCUCGGUGCGCUGGUGAAGAACUGCAACAUGCUGCACAACAUCGUGGGCCCGGCCUGCAUCUUCCUUAAACAGGGCUUUGCUAGGACGCUCGACAGAGAGCUGCGGCCAGAGGAGAUCGAAGAGCUCCGUGAGGCAUUUGUGGAGUUUGAUAAGAAUAAAGAUGGCUACAUCAGUCACAAAGACCUGGGCGAGUGUAUGAGGACUAUGGGAUACAUGCCCACAGAGAUGGAGCUCAUUGAACUGAGCCAGCAGAUCUGUGGCGGUAAAGUGGACUUUGAGGACUUUGUAGAGCUGAUGGGACCCAAGAUGCUGGCAGAGACAGCUGACAUGAUCGGAGUCAAAGAAUUGCGAGACGCAUUCAAAGAGUUUGACUCUAAUGGUGAUGGCCAGAUCAGUUUAAUGGAGCUGCGUGAGGCCAUGAAGAAGCUGAUGGGAGAACAAGUGACUAACAGAGAGAUCAACGAGAUCCUCAAAGACGCUGACCUGAACGGAGAUGGCCUGGUGGACUUUGAAGAGUUUGUGCGAAUGAUGUCCCGCUGACCAGUCCACGUGUCAGACAGACAUUACGCAACUGCUGGCUAAGCAUCACACUACUCUGUAGUGGACAUCCUUCAUUUGCUCUUAAGAGCAUGCAUCUCAAAUUAUAUUUUUGUAUUAAAAAGUAAUGAAACAAAAAAACUGUUGUAGCUAACAAAGACUGCACAUGUACGAAUUUAAAGGUGUAAUAUGUACAGUAGAUAAAUAUGUCAAACAUAUCAGCAGCUUCACAUUUACCAUUUUCAGUUUUUUAGAUGUAUUUUUAUAUGAGUGUUUGUUCUUCGAGUGUAAAAGCUUGUUUGUAAAAUCAUAGACCUGUUUUUAAUUAAUAAAACAUAUAUAA